AUGGUCACCUCUAAAGCGGCCCUCAUUGCGGGCCUGACCCUUGCCAGUCAGGCUUCCGCUGCUCUUCAACCCAUCGUCAUGAAGGGCACCAAGUUCUUCUACGAGAACGGCACCCAGUUCUACAUCAAGGGCAUUGCCUAUCAGCAAGAUACUACUGGCGCUGGCGGCGAGACAACCACCGGUAAAUUCCGCGAUCCCCUCGCCGACGAAGAGGCCUGCAAGCGUGAUGUUCCCAUCAUGAAGGCCGCUGGCACCAACGCCAUCCGUACCUACGCCAUCGACCCUGAGGCCGACCACACCGCCUGCAUGAAGCUCCUCGACGACGCCGGCAUCUACGUUAUCAGCGAUUUGUCCGAGCCCUCCAAGUCCAUCAACCGCGACGACCCCAGGUGGGAUGUCACCCUCUUCAAGCGCUAUACCGAUGUCAUCGAUGAGAUGACCAAGUACACCAACGUCAUCGGUUUCUUCGCCGGUAACGAGGUCUCCAACAACGCCAGCAACACCGAUGCUUCCGCUUACGUCAAGGCUGCUGUCCGUGACACCAAGAACUACAUCAAGGAGAACGUCAAGCGCUGGGUUGGUGUUGGCUAUGCCGCCAACGACGACCCCAAGAUUCGUGCCGAGAUCGCCCACUACUUCAACUGCGGUAACCAGGAUGAGGCCAUCGACUACUGGGGUUACAACAUCUACGAGUGGUGCGGCGAGAACACCAUCAAGGGAUCUGGAUACCAGGAGCAGAUCGACUUCUUCAAGAACUACUCCGUCCCCGUCUUCUUCGCCGAGUACGGUUGCAACAAUCCCGGCGGUGCUGAAGCCCGUAUCUUCCAGGAGACCACCGCUCUUUACUCUGACGCGAUGACCGACGUCUUCUCUGGUGGUAUCGUCUACAUGUACUUCCAGGAGGAAAACGACUAUGGUCUCGUCAACGUGUCCGGCAAGACCGCCAAGACGCUCAAGAACUACGACAAGCUCAAGACCGCCGUCCUCGGUGCCAAGCCCAAGACCGUUGACAUUGACGAGUACCAGCCCUCCAACAAGGCCGCCGAGUGCCCCGACGUCACCUCUAACUGGAAGGUUACUGGCGAUGCUCUUCCCCCUACUCCUGAUGAGAACCUCUGCGAGUGCAUGUACAACUCCCUCACCUGCGUUCCCACCAAGGGCCUCGACACCGAGGACUACGGUGAGCUCUUUGGCACCGUCUGCGGCAACGACGCCGCUGCUUGCGCCGGCAUCCUCGGCGACCCCGCUACCGGUGUCUACGGUGCCUACGCCAUGUGCAACUCCCUCCAGCAGCUUGGCUACGUCAUGGACCAGUACUACAAGAACCAGAAGUACGCUUCCCACGCCUGCGACUUUGAUGGUAAGGCCUCUACCAACGGUGGCGCCAAGGCCGAUCCCACCUGCUCCGCCGCUCUCAAGAGCGCUGAGGCCGCUAACGCGGUCGCUGCUACCGCCACUGCUGGCUCCGGCAACGGUGGUACCGAUGGUGGUGCUGCCUCCUCUGAGACUAGCGAGUCGUUCGCUUCCCCUGUUGCCAUGAAGAGCUUCUUCACCGUUGCCGAUAUGGCUGUUGGUCUGUACGUUGUCGUCGCCAUGGGUGUCGGUGCCGGCAUGGUCAUGCUCUAA